AUGGUGAACUUUAAAGUUUCGCGAGGGGCGAAUUCGCUUUCCGGGAACGGGGCAGCUCCGGAAGUUUCGAAAGAUGGAAAAUACGUGAAUAAAAAGACGCUGAAGGAAAACGAAGACGGGAAAGUAUCGUUGAAAGUUGUUGCUCUAGAAAAACUGGGUUUGACAAGUACGACGUAUGAUUGUUUGCUACCAGCAAGUGCAUUUGCGUUGCUUUCUGUUGCCUCAAAUGAGAGUACCAUCGCCACGAUGAAAAGUAAGGCAUUUUGUUUCUUCACGCUGGAAAAGCACAGCGACGUUGUUCUAAGAGGCGCACGUGCUGUAGAUUUUGAUGUUACACUGCAAGAGAACGAAGUAGCGAUUAUCAAAGACGUGAGAAUCAACGCGCACGUGGGAGAAGACGUCGUGCACACGUUUCUUCCUUUUGUCUCAACUGCAAUCGAAAAGAAAGACAUCUUACACGACGUUAUUGUUGAAGUGCGUCCUCUGGACAAUAACAACAGCGAGAGUGUAGCUUGCGCAAUCAUAGACGCCAAAGAUAUUGAGAAAACUGCACAGACGCGUUUCGCCGGACGUUUCGUUUCAGUCGGUGAAGUAUUUGCAUUCGAAGCGUUGAAUUUGAAAGUACGAAUAGUGGGAACCAAUUCGCUUCCAUUAGAAGAGCGAAUGGAUAUUAAGUACCAUUGUUUUCGUGGAAUUGUGGAUGUGGCGGAGACGACUAUGUUUUACACUCAAACCGCGCCGAGAGAUAUGGAGAUUCUUAAGAUUAUGAACGCGAGAGCACCUCCGAACGAGGAAGACAUGUUCUUAAAAGGCUUCGUACACGUCCACACGAACGACGAGGAGAUUUUCCCCGUUCACAUGAACGUCUUAAGACCGUGUGUGGCUUUGACAAAAUUUAUUCGCAGUGCUGCGAAUGAAUCGAAUGUCUCGUGCUCUGUUAAUAUCGAUACGGUGCUUUUCGAUCGAGUCUUACUCUUUUUAACUUGUAUCCGUGAUGGAGAAAAACCACCGAAUUAUGAUUUGCGCAUGACUGAAUCACUCUCGGGAGCUGCAAAGACGCUUCAAUGCGCUCCACUGAUCGAUUACUGCGACGCUAGGCUUGGGUCGUACAUAUCGCGUUUGCGCGAGUAUACGUGGGAGGAAAUCGUACAAAAAAAUAACCAAGAGCAGGCCGUUUUGUUAGUUAUAGACUACAUGGUGCUAGACGUGAAGAAUUGGUUACCGGAGCAUCCAGGGGGUGAUAUGAUUAUUCCGGCACAGUCUUUGAACAAGGAUGCAAGCACGCAUUUCGAAUUGUACCACAGUAGCAAAGAAUCCUUCUUGUAUCUCAAGCACUUUUACGUGGGCGAAGUUUGCGAAGAAGACCGUGAGAAAAUUCCAAAGUCCGACGCACCAGCCUCGAGUGAGUUUUUGAAAAUGCUGAGAGAUUAUUGCGAGGAUUUUCGAAUCGAGAGUAAAGCGAAGAAGAAGGAAUUCUUCUAA